CUGACAUCCGCCUCCACAUACUACAGUAUUACAUACAUAAUCACGUUGGACUGCAAUCAUCAUACUUGAUAUUAUCGCGUCGUGUGUUCAGUCCGACAUAUGCGCUUUAAUUUUAUCAUCUCACGCUUUCCAGCCCGAUUCAAUACCUAUAGAAGUCAAAGUGUUAAGCAAUCCAAGUGUCCCUGGCAGUUCUGCAGUGCACAUAAACAAAAAGUUAGCAAUCUAGACUUUUAUGCUCGAGCUUUAGGAAUAAAUAGUCUACCACAAUUUCAAUCGAACGUGUGUAGCUCGCAACUAUUUUACAGCACCAUGGGAAAGCGUGCCAGGUCGGGCAGAGAUUCUGUUGAAGAUGUUCGAGAAGUAAAGAAACUCAAAUCAGUAAAACGCACCGUUGAGGAGAAGGUCAAUUCAGCACGAGUUCGGCGACUAAAUGGGAAACAGAACAUUGGUAAAAUAGUCGAGGUGGAGGAAGGGCACAAGACUGUUAUAUACUGGAUGGAGAGGGAUGUGCGCGUUAACGACAAUUGGGCGCUGCUCUACGCAGAAGAAUUGGCUCAAAAGAACAAGCUGACCCUCUCUGUGGUGUAUGUAUAUCCUGAGCGAUACCGCGAAGAAGCCACCGUCCGCCAGGAACUAUUCAGAUUACGCGGUUUGCAAGAAGUUUCCAAAAGAUUGCAAGGGUUGAAUAUCCCGUUCCAUUUUCUCGUGGGGGAUGUGGCCAAAAAUAUAGUAGACCAGAUUGACAAACUUGAUGCUGCCGUGGUUGUAGUGGACUUUCACGCUCUGCGGCAGAAAAGGAAGUGGCGAGAUUCGGUGGCAGAGAAGGUGUGCAGCAUCCCGGUCAUGGAAGUGGAUGCCCACAACGUCGUCCCCGUGUGGGGGACCAGCGAGAAAUGUGAAUAUGGUGCGCGGACGAUACGAACCAAAAUACACAAAAGACUUGCCGAAUUCGGUACAGAGUUUCCUGAGGUUGAAGUACAGGAAGGAGAUGUUGAGGAUGCUGAGGAAGUGGACUGGGAUGAGAUAAUGAAUAACGUUGACGCUGAUCAUGAUGUUCCCGAGGUAAAAUGGUGUACCCCAGGGGAGGCAGGUGCCAUGGAAGCUCUCGAGACUUUUGUGAACGAACGACUGCAGCUAUUUGCUCGUGAUCGGAAUGAUCCAAAUGUCCAUGCUUCGAGUGAUUUGUCGUGUUUCUUCAACUUCGGCCAACUUUCUGCGCAGCGUGCGUUUCUGGUCGUACAAACAUUCUCAGGUUCCGUCCAGAAGGGACGAGAAUCGUUCAUCGAAGAAUCAAUUGUACGACGAGAACUGUCCGACAACUUCUGUUUCUACAAGCCAGAUACGUACGACACCUUAGAAGGGGCGCCGGGAUGGGCCCAGGAGAGUCUUGAAAAACACACUGAAGAUAAGAGAGAAUAUACUUACACGAGCGACGAGUUCGCCAAGGGGAACACACAUGAUGAUCUGUGGAAUGCGGCUCAGCUCCAGAUGGUCGAAGAAGGUAAAAUGCAUGGUUUCCUGCGGAUGUACUGGGCCAAAAAGAUACUCGAGUGGACUCAGACUCCUCAAACGGCAUUGAAAACGGCUUUGUACCUCAAUGACAAGUACGAAAUCGAUGGCUACGAUCCAAAUGGCUAUGUAGGGUGCAUCUGGAGUAUAGGGGGUGUACACGAUCAGGGAUGGAUGGAGCGCUCUGUCUUUGGGAAAGUGCGGUAUAUGAAUUACAACGGAUGUCUGCGGAAGUUCAAUGUGUAUGAAUUCGUGCAGCAGUAUCCUCAAGCGGUCAAGAAUUGCAAGGCUCAGGGUGGCACUCCUACCAAGGAGAAGCACAGCAAAAAGAAAAAAUAGCGCGGAAGGAAAAUACUGUAUUGUGGUCGAUAAAGGAAUACAUACUUCUGAACCAUAAUUCCCAUGAACAACGCUCAUUAUCAGUACAUAUUGUAUUAUCCUAUAUAUAGUAGACACAUGUGUCUUACGAUAGUAGGUUCCAGUACAUGACCGGCCUCAACGACUACUUCCCUCAACACUUCGAGCACAGCCGAAUUUCCCCAGCACUUCAAGGGCAUCAAGAAUAGUCGAUAUAAAUACUAUAUGUACUGAAGUAUGAAUUAACAAAGCAACGCAUUGCGAGACGAACUAAUCGUAAAUCCAAUUUUUCAGUAUUUGUAUACCUUUACUGGCUGAUGCACCAGUGGCGUAGAUAAUCGCAGAUUGAAACAUUCGAACUGAUAGACGUCGAAUGAGUCAGAUUCACUGCAGAAGCUCGCGAGGGGCUGCUGUAAAAACCGAGAGGAGCAAGAAGAAAAGGCUACUCUGUGGUGAGCGCUAUCUCCAUCAUAUAUUGUAUGGAGAAUCUAAAGCAUAUUAAGUGCUAUAAAUAUAUAGAUAUGUACUGAAACUAAAUCC